GUUGUUCACACGCCCACGGCUGCAAACAGUGCGUGAGAGAGAGAAAGAGGACCAGCUCUUUCCCUUGCCCACCCACGGCUAAGAUUGCGAACCCUACCCUAGCUCCUCGCUGACGUGAGCCGCGCCGCCGACCACACUGCCACUGCCGGCCGCCGAUUCCGCCCCGGCCCCCCGCCGACCCAGGCCGCGGUACCGUAGCUCCUCGCUGAUGUGAGUCUUGCCGGAGAUUCCCGACAGAGCUGCCGCCACCCGGCUGCCGGCGGCCGACUCCGUUCCGGGCCCUCCUCCUCUCCCCCUCUCGCACUAGGUGCUCGUUAGCGACUUGCAUGAUGGAGGCUGCACAGGGUCGACCUUGGUCGGAUCUUCAGCCAGAACUCUUGGGCCUUGUCCUCUGCCGCCUCCCCUCCCUAGCUGACCGUGUUCGUCUGAGGGCAGUCUGUCACCCAUGGCGCUCUAAUAGUCUGCAACAACCGCUUCCCCUCCCAUUCCCGUGGCUCACCCUCCCUAAUGGUACUUUUUUCAGCAUCCCAGGUGGUGAGGUUCACCGCAUGCCUGUACCAAAUGGUAGUAGUUGCCAUGGCUCAAUUGAUAACUGGCUCUUCCUCAUUCACAGUGAUGAUGAGUACACAUUGAUGAACCCGUUCUCCAACAGCAUGUUGGAGCUUCCCAACCUUGCCACAGUUUGGCAGCAUGAGGUUUUACUACCAAUCUAAUCCUGAACAAUUUUUGUACAAGUUGGUAGCACCCUCGCCACUAGAUUCAUCACCAGAUUCACUUGUUGCGGCAUUGAUCAUUGGUGAUGGGAAUAUGAAAAGACUUUGUGUGAGCCAGCCAUCAAUUGUCACUUGCUCGUUCAGAUUCAACAUGCGACCAUUACCGGACCUAUUGGAUGUUGCAUUCUUGGAUGGAAAGUUGUACGUGUUAUCAGGCAGUGGCAAGCUCUUCAUCCUUGAGUUCUGCAAGAAUCUUGCUAGCAAUUCAAACAUCAAAUCCAUAAUUGACGAUUAUGUUGAUUUUCUUCAUGUGCCAGAAUGCUUUCCGAGAGAGGAGAUGUAUGUGCUCAAGUUCUAUCUAGUUGAAUGUGGUGGUGGACUGUUGGUGGUGAAACGAUUUAUUCGUGUCAUGGGCCCUUUUGUCAUGGCCAGGGACAAUCCCUUUGGAAACACCCAGACUGUUGGAUUUGAUGUCCUCAAGGCAGACCUGCACUCUAACCCUUGCCAGUGGAGAAGGAUCAGUGAGUUGGGUGGACAUGCUCUCUUUGUUGGCCAGCAUGGCUCCAAGUCUCUGCCUGCUACAGAAUGCUGUGGAUCCCAAGAGGAUUGCAUCUACUUCGUUUUUGACUAUCCGCGUACAGAGUUUUCUCCGAAUCCAUGUCACGACUGUGGUGUGUACAACAUGCGGAAUGGGAGCGUCACGCCGUUGAUGUCUGAGACUGCAGCACCUGCACAUCAUGCCGGCCAGUGGCGUUCGACGUGGGUUUUCCAUGCUGCAGCUGUGUGACCAAUCCAGCAGGGUUUGCUCCUCAAACUUGCUGCUGAAGCUUUGUGAUCAACCCAGCCUGGGCGCUGCCCAUCUUUAUCCUAGUGAUAUGUUAUCAUGCAGACUAAAGUUCUUAAUUUGUAUGAUGAUCAACCCAGCCUGGGUCUGGUUAUCUUUAUCCUAGUGAUAUGUUAUGCAUGGUCUAGUUAUGAACUUUUAAUUAGUAUGAUGGUGUCCACUUCAAAUCUUAUGAAUUAAUCUCAAUGGGAUGUAUU